AAGUGUCAGAAGAAACAUCAGAACCAUGAAGAAUACAAGAAAAUAUGAGGCGGCCAGCGACCUAUCAGAGGAGAUUAAAGCCGCCACCAAGGACAACCAUGUCCGAGCUGAAAACACAGAGCUGAUGCUGAGUUACCAGAAAGGGAAGAUCACCCUUCCUCAGUACAAGCUCCUGCUGUGCUCCCUCUACGAGAUCUACAAGGUGCUGGAAGAGGAGAUGGAUAAGAAUUGCGCCCACCCGGCGAUCGCACCGAUAUACUUCCCUCAGGAGCUGGACCGCCUGGAGAGUCUGGAGAGCGACAUGGAGCACUUUUUUGGCCCCGACUGGCGAGGGAAGGUGGUCGUUCCUGCGGCCACGCACGUCUACACUCAGAGGCUGCGGCAGGUUGGUAAAGAGAAUCCGACGCUGCUGGUGGCCCACGCAUACACUCGGUACCUGGGAGAUCUGUCAGGAGGACAGGUGUUGGGGAAAAUUACCCAGAAAUCCCUUGGGCUGUCGGGCAAAAAAGGGCUCUCGUUUUUCUCCUUCCCCGGCGUGAGCAGCCCGAACCGCUUCAAGCAGCUGUACAGGAGCCGCAUGAACAGCAUGGACCUGAGCCAGGAGGAGAGGGAGGCCGUGCUGGAGGAGGCGGUCGCCGCCUUCGACUUCAACACUCAGGUUUUUGAUGACUUGCAGAAGCUUUUGGAUGUCGUAACAGAACAAUUGAAGAUCGACAAGGCCAGCUUCCCGUCGUUUCCCAGCAUGCACUUCACCAUCGGACUGUGUGUCAUAAUAAUGGCGACUGUGGGAAUGGUCCUUGGUACCUGGUAGUAUUUAUUGUAACGCACUUUGCUAAUCAUCAGUUUUCUGAACAUUUCUUAAUUAUAGUUGUAGGAGCCUAAAUGAUAUUUAAGUUAAUUUACAUUUUAUGGAAGGUGCUUUAUGUUUAUUCAGCCAAAAUUUACUUUAUUUGCAUUAUACGAAAACUUAUAUAUUACAUGCUUAGAAUAAUUAUAAGGUACACUUUAUUUGUAAUUAGGGAUGUCCGAUAAUGGCUUUUUGCCGAUAUCCGAUAUUCCGAUAUUGUCCAACUCUUUAAUUACCGAUACCGAUAUCAACCGAUACCGAUAUAUACAGUCGUGGAAUUAACACAAUAUUAUGCCUAAUUUGGACAACCAGGUAUGGUGAAGAUAAGGUCCUUUAAAAAAAAUAAAAUAAUAAGAUAAAUAAAUUAAAAACAUUUUCUUGAAUACAAAAGAAAGUAAAACAAUAUAAAAACAGUUACAUAGAAACUAGUAAUUAAUGAAAAUGAGUAAAAUUAACUGUUAAAGGGUAGUACUAUUAGUGGACCAGCAGCACGCACAAUCAUGUGUGCUUACGGACUGUAUCCCUUGCAGACUGUAUUGAUAUAUGUUGAUAUAUAAUGUAGGAACCAGAAUAUUAAUAACAGAAAUAAACAACCCUUUUGUGUGAAUGAGUGUAAAUGGGGGAGGGAGUUUUUUUUGGGUUGGUGCAAUAAUUGUAAGUGUAUCUUGUGUUUUUUAUGUUGAUUUAAUUAAAAAAAAACAAAAAAAAACAAAACAAAAAAAAACGAUACCGAUAAUAAAAAAACCGAUACCGAUAAUUGGCAGGCCGAUAUUAUCGGACAUCUCUACUUGUAAUUAUUAUAUUUGUCUGAAUAAUUUGAUGAUGUACAAACCUCGUUUCCAUAUGAGUGGGGAAAUUGUGUUAGAUGUAAAUAUAAACGGAAUACAAUUAUUUGCAAAUCCUUUACAACCCAUAUUCAGUUGAAUGCACUACAAAGACAACAUAUUUGAUGUUCAAACUCAUAAACUUUAUUAUUAUUUUUUUCAAAUAAUAAUUAACUUAGAAUUUCAUGGCUGCAACACGUGCCAAAGUAGUUGGGAAAGGGCAUGUUCACCACUGUGUUACAUGGCCUUUUCUUUUAACAACACUCAAUAAACGAUUGGGAACUGAGGAAACUAAUUGUUGAAGCUUUGAAAGUGGAAUUCUUUCCCAUUCUUGUUUUAUGUACAGCUUCAGUUGUUCAACAGUCCUGGGUCUCCGCUGUCGUAUUUUACGCUUCAUAAUGCGCCACACAUUUUCGAUGGGAGACAGGUCUGGACUGCAGGCGGGCCAGGAAAGUACCCGCACUCUUUUUUUACAAAGCCACGCUGUUGUAACACGUGCUGAAUGUGGCUUGGCAUUGUCUUGCUGAAAUAAGCAGGGGCGUCCAUGAAAAAGACAGCGCUUAGAUGGCAGCAUAUGUUGUUCCAAAACCUGUAUGUACCUUUCAGCAUUAAUGGUGCCUUCACAGAUGUGUAAGUUACCCAUGCCUUGGGCACUAAUGCACCCCCAUACCAUCACAGAUGCUGGCUUUUGAACUUUGCGCCGAUAACAGUCCGGAUGGUUCGCUUCCCCUUUGGUCCGGAUGACACAAUGUCGAAUAUUUCCAAAAACAACUUGAAAUUUAUCAUUUUAAUGUGGACUCGUCAGACCACAGAACACUUUUCCACUUUGCAUGAGUCCAUCUUAGAUGAUCUCGGGCCCAGAGAAGCCGGCAGCGUUUCUGGGUGUUGUUGAUAAAUGGCUUUCGCUUUGCAUAGUAGAGCUUUAACUUGCAAUUACAGAUGUAGCGACCAACUGUAUUUAGUGACAGUGGUUUUCUGAAGUGUUCCUGAGCCCAUGUGGUGAUAUCCUUUAGAGAUUGAUGUCGGUUUUUGAUACAGUGCCGUCUGAGGGAUCGAAGGUCACGGUCAUUCAAUGUUGGUUUCCAGCCAUGCCGCUUACGUGGAGUGAUUUCUCCAGAUUCUCUGAACCUUUUGAUGAUAUUCUGGACCGUAGAUGUUGAAAUCCCUAAAUUUCUUGCAAUUGCACUUUGAGAAAGGUUGUUCUUAAACUGUUUGACUAUUUGCUCACGCAGUUGUGGACAAAGGGGUGUACCUCGCCCCAUCCUUUCUUGUGAAAGACAGAGCAUUUUUUGGGAAGCUGUUUUUAUACCCAAUCAUGGCACCCACCUGUUCCCAAUUAGCCUGCACACCUGUGGGAUGUUCCAAAAAAGUGUUUGAUGAGCAUUCCUCAACUUUAUCAGUAUUUAUUGCCACCUUUCCCAACUUCUUUGUCACGUGUUGCUGGCAUCAAAUUCUAAAGUUAAUGAUUAUUUGCAAAAAAACAAAAGUUUAUCAGUUUGAACAUCAAAUAUGUUGUCUUUGUAGCAUAUUCAACUGAAUAUGGGUUGAAAAUGAUUUGCAAAUAAUUGUAUUCCGUUUAUAUUUACAUCUAACACAAUUUCCCAACUCAUAUGGAAACGGGGUUUGUACUAUUUUAUACUGCUUUAAUACAGUGAAGAUUACGUAACUGUUUAAUAGCAUAUACGGCGGAAGGAUCUGUGUGGUAAUAUGGUUUGGACACAAAGUAUUGUGGGUAAUGGCAGUCAGGUAUGGUGUAAUCGAGCCACACAGUUUUUUGACCUUACUCUUACUUUUUCUAACUCUUUCUUACUGUAACAAACUCGCUUUAUUUUUCCAUUCAUUUGUUCCCACAUUGUUAUUGUUUUCCGUUUUUGAAUGAUUAAGUUCACAAGUAAACGAUACAAAACGAAGAGGAGCGUCUGGAGUUUUGUUUGUUGUUGCCGCAGCAAGCGGAGCAGGAGAAAGUAGAGAAGCGUCAAGCUAAGGCUUCAUUAGGAAUCUACAAAAGUUACCCGUUACGUUACCAAAAAAGUAAUUGAGUUACUAACGGAAUUACUCUUUAAUAAAUGUAACUAAUUACCAGGGAAAGUAAUUACAAAACCCAACACCAGUGAAGUUGGCACGUUGUGUAAAUGGUAAAUAAAAACAGAAUACAAUGAUUUGCGAAUCCUUUUCAACUUAUAUUCAAUUGACUAGACUGCAAAGACAAGAUAUUUAACGUUCAAACUGGAAAACUUGGUUAUUUUUUGCAAAUAUUAUCUAAUUUGGAAUUUGAUGCCUGCAACAUGUUUCAAAAAAGCUGGCACAAGUGGCAAAAAAGACUGAGAAAGGUGAGGAAUGCUCAUCACACACUUACAGUAUGUGGAACAUCCCACAGGUGAACAGGCUAAUUGGGAACAGGUGGGUGCCAUGAUUGGGUAUAAAAGCAGCUUCCAUGAAAUGAUCAGUCAUUCACAAACAAGGAUGGGGCGAGGGUCACCACUUUGUGAACAAAUGCGUGAGCAAAUUGUUCAACAGUUUAAGAACAACAUUUCUCAACGAGCUAUUGCUAGAAAUGUUUGGAUUUCACCUACUAAGGUCUGUAAUAUCAAAAGGUUCAAAUAAUCUGGAGAAAUCACUGCACUUAACAUUGAAUGCCCGUGAC